AUGGCGACGUCUCCAGUAUCCUCUUCAGCUAGUUUCUUCAGAAAUUCUCUCUCCCCCACUCUUUCUUUCACCACCAAAUCCAAGUCCUUCUAUUUGAAAGCGGCAGCGAUGGGGGAUAGCGAGAUUAAGGAGGAAAUUAACGAGGGUUUGAGCGAGAAGAAGAGAAUCUUCGUCGCCGGCGCCACCGGCAGCACCGGCAAAAGGAUCGUGGAGCAGCUUUUGGCCAAGGGAUUUGCGGUUAAGGCCGGCGUUAGGGACGUAGACAAGGCGAAGUCAACAUUCCCUGGGAACAAUCCUCGUCUUCAGAUUGUAAAAGCUGAUGUGACUGAGGGCUCAAACAAAUUAGCCGAUGCUAUCAGUGACGACUCGGAUGCAGUAAUAUGUGCUACCGGUUUUCGGCCCUCGUGGGAUCUAUUGGCUCCAUGGAAGGUCGAUAACUUUGGCACCGUGAACUUGGUUGAAGCCUGUCGGAAGCAAAAUGUAAAGAGAUUUAUUCUCAUAAGUUCUAUUUUAGUCAAUGGGGCAGCCAUGGGACAAUUAUUUAAUCCGGCUUACAUUUUUCUCAACGUGUUUGGGCUCACCUUGGUCGCGAAGCUUCAGGCAGAACAAUAUAUACGAAAAUCUGGUAUCAAUUACACGAUUAUAAGGCCUGGGGGCUUGAAAAACGACCCCCCUAAGGGUAAUAUUGUCAUGGAGCCAGAGGAUACGCUUUAUGAAGGCUCGAUAUCGAGGGAUCAAGUUGCUGAGGUUGCGGUUGAGGCAUUGAUUUGUCCGGAGUCCCAUUACAAAGUCGUGGAGAUUGUUGCGAGAACUGAAGCUCCUAAACGUUCGUUUGUGGAGAUGUUUGGUUCUAUCAAACAGCGGUGA